UCCCCUUCCGAGAGAAAUGCUUGGGCGAGCUGUCUUUUAGACCCUGCCGAUACCAACGUUGUUUCCCAUUUUCUUGUGCGAAAGUUAUCCGGAUUUCUUGCAUUUAAUUAAAGAUGGCUGUGUCCUCUGCCCGCAUCACUGGUGCUCUUGUGAGGCAACUGUCUAGCCAUGCCUCGAAGAUCGCGCCUCGUUGCGCAGCGGUGUCAGUGCUAAAUGCGCGCAGUCUCUCCACCUCCCAACCCGUCAAUGCUGCCAAAGGCGGUUCUGCCGAGACGGCAUCCAUCCUGGAGGAGCGCAUCCUGGGCGCUGCCCCGAAGAUCGAUUUAGAGGAGACGGGCCGAGUGCUGUCCAUUGGUGACGGUAUCGCCCGUGUGUAUGGUCUGAAGAAUAUCCAAGCCGAGGAGAUGGUUGAAUUCUCCAGUGGUUUAAAGGGUAUGGCUCUGAACUUGGAGCCCGACAACGUUGGUGUUGUCGUGUUCGGUAACGACAAGCUGAUCAAAGAAGGCGACAUCGUCAAGCGAACUGGUGCCAUCGUGGAUGUCCCUGUCGGAGAAGAACUGUUGGGCCGCGUCGUGGAUGCCCUGGGAAAUCCUAUUGAUGGCAAGGGAGCGAUCAAGUCGGCCAAACGCUUUCGUGUGGGCAUCAAGGCUCCGGGUAUCAUCCCUCGCGCCUCUGUACGUGAGCCUAUGCAGACUGGUAUCAAGGCCGUGGACAGUCUGGUGCCCAUUGGACGUGGCCAGCGUGAAUUGAUCAUCGGUGAUCGUCAAACUGGCAAAACGGCCAUUGCCAUCGAUACCAUCAUCAACCAGAAGCGUUUCAACGAAUCCGCAGAUGAGAAGAAAAAGCUGUACUGCAUUUACGUGGCCAUCGGUCAGAAGCGAUCCACUGUGGCACAGCUGGUGAAGCGUCUUCAGGAUGCUGAUGCACUGAAGUACACGAUCAUCGUCAGUGCCACCGCGUCCGAUGCUGCACCUCUGCAGUAUUUGGCUCCGUACUCGGGCUGUGCCAUGGGAGAAUUCUUCCGCGACAACGGCAAGCAUGCCCUGAUUAUUUACGACGAUUUGUCUAAACAGGCCGUGGCGUACCGUCAGAUGUCUUUGCUGCUGCGUCGCCCGCCCGGUCGCGAGGCUUACCCGGGUGAUGUGUUUUAUCUGCACUCACGUCUUCUGGAACGUGCGGCCAAAAUGAACCCAACACAUGGUGGAGGCUCCCUCACCGCUCUCCCGGUCAUUGAAACCCAGGCCGGUGAUGUGUCUGCCUAUAUCCCCACCAAUGUCAUUUCCAUCACCGAUGGACAGAUUUUCUUGGAAACGGAAUUGUUUUACAAGGGUAUUCGUCCCGCUAUCAACGUCGGUCUUUCCGUCAGCCGUGUCGGAUCAGCUGCGCAGACUCGAUCAAUGAAGCAGGUCGCUGGUUCCAUGAAGCUGGAAUUGGCCCAGUAUCGUGAAGUGGCUGCUUUCGCCCAGUUCGGUUCUGAUCUGGAUGCUGCUACUCAGGGCCUCCUUAAUCGUGGCGUGCGUCUUACUGAGCUACUCAAGCAAGGACAAUAUGUUCCGAUGGCCAUUGAAGAGCAGGUCGCGGUUAUCUACGCCGGUGUCCGUGGUUUCCUGGACAAACUGGAGCCAUCGAAAAUCACCAAAUUUGAAGCAGCAUUUUUACAGCAUAUUAGACAAGAUCAGCAGGAUCUACUUAAGAAUAUUCGCGAUGAAGGCAAACUUACGGAGGCAACGGAUGCCAAGCUUAAGCAGGUUGUGACUAAUUUUAUGGCUAAUUUCACGCCUUGAUUUGAGCAAAGGAUUUCAAGGACAUUUUAUGCUUAGUUUCGUUUGAACAGUUAAUUUAACUGAUGGGUGUAUGUACUGCAGAGUGGAACACUGUUCUUAAUUGUGCCGUUCGUGCGUCGCGUGUGUUUUAGAUUGUUUUGUCACGCGUUUCUUUAUUGGAAAUAAACUAAUUGGCUGUGUUAA